CCUAAUCCCGUUCCGUACAACGACCCUUCGAUUAAUACCCUUUUCCCCCUUCACAAGGAAACCACCCUCUAGAUCCGCGCCAAUUCCAUUUCCCCAUUCCCCGUUUACUUCGAUUCGCCCUCGAAAGAGCGAUGGCGGGGAGAAAACCGGGAGUAAUUGCUUUGUUCGACGUCGAUGGAACCCUCACGGCUCCGAGAAAGGUUGUAACUGCGCAGAUGCUCGAAUUCCUGCGAGAGCUUCGGGAGGUGGUUACAGUUGGUGUUGUGGGAGGAUCAGAUCUUGUUAAGAUAUCUGAACAGCUUGGGAACACAGUGAUUAAUGACUAUGAUUAUGUCUUCUCUGAAAAUGGCCUUGUAGCUCACAAGAAUGGAGAACUCAUUGGUGUCCAGAAUUUAAAAUCAGCGCUUGGAGAUGAGAAGCUAAAGGAAUUUAUUAAUUUUACACUUCAUUAUAUUGCUGAUUUGGAUAUCCCAGUAAAAAGGGGAACAUUCAUAGAGUUCCGAAGUGGGAUGAUUAAUGUUUCCCCAAUAGGGCGAAAUUGUAGCCAAGAAGAACGAGAGGAGUUUGAAAAAUAUGAUAAGGUACAUAAUAUAAGGCCGAAGAUGGUCUCUGUGCUUCGUGAAAGGUUUGCACAUUUGAACUUGACAUUUUCCAUUGGUGGACAGAUAAGUUUCGAUGUAUUUCCACAAGGAUGGGACAAGACCUACUGUUUGAGAUAUCUUGAAGAAUUCCAAGAAAUCCAUUUCUUUGGGGACAAAACAUACAAGGGAGGAAAUGAUUACGAGAUUUUUGAAUCUGAAAGAACCGUUGGUCACACAGUUACCAGUCCAGAGGAUACAGCAGAACAGUGCAGAUCUCUCUUCUUGUCAAAAUAAACUCUGGAUGGCCCGAGCAGUGUCGGCAUAUUGUUCUAUUUUAUUCAUUUUUGAAUCAGCAGAGCAAGAUCAUAGCAAAUCAAAUAAUUUGUCUUUUCAUUCGCCUUUCAUUGUUGUCGCCCCAUUAGCAGUUGAGUCCUUUGUCAGUAAUAGGAACUUGGAAUAAAAAUAGCCCUUUGUGUUAAAUUAUGACUGCGUAUUUCUGUUUACUCGAACCUCUGCUCAUAAUGUAUUGAGGGAUCAUUUAUUAUAUAUUUGAAGCGAAUGAAUAAAAGAGUUAUUUCACAGCCAA